UGUGUCCGGUAAAACAGAGCAAAAUGGUUUCACGAAAUUUUCCUGUUCGGUAUGUGGUCGUUGUUUUAGACGCCAGUCCAUAUUUCUUAAACAUUGGGAAAUGUACUGUGGAAAAAUGUUAAGAAAAAAGUCUCGCCUGAAGCGCCCUGGUAAGAUACGACCGGGUAAAAAGUCAACUCCACCUGCCAAACGGAGAGACAUUUUUAAAAAGAAGGCAGUUGUCCUCAAAGAACCAAAUACCAAGACGUCUAAGACGUCGUUUAAAUGUGCUGAGUGUGGGAAAUUCUUCUCGCAGAAGUCCAAUCUUCUCCAGCAUCGCAGAAUACAUACAGGUGUGAAGCCGUUUUCCUGUCUCCACUGUGGCAAGUGUUUCACCAAGAAAAUAAGUCUGGAGACUCACAUCAGAAUUCAUUCUGGUGAAAGGCCAUUCUCGUGCUCGCGGUGCAACAAAUCUUACGCCCAGAGGGCACACCUCGACCGCCACAAAAAAACGCACACAGGAGAGAAACCCUACACGUGUCCCGAAUGCAGUAAAUGUUUUCUUCAGAAAUGUGAUCUGGUCAAACACAGGAGAAUCCACGCCGGACUGAGGCCUUAUCAGUGUUCUGAAUGUGGGAAGACUUUCACAGAGACUUCAGGUCUUAGAAGGCAUCAGAAGGUUCACACUGGAGAGAAGCCAUUCUCGUGUUCAGAGUGUGGCAAAAGCUUUGUCUGGAAGUUUGCGCUGACCACCCACCUGAGACGGCAUCAGAAGAUCCACUUGGGAGAAAAGCCCUAUUCCUGCUCAGAAUGUGACAUGCCAUUCUCCACCCGGUCGGAGCUGGUGAACCACCAGAGGACCCACACCGGCGACAAGUCCUACCAGUGCUCGGAGUGCGGCAAGUCUUUCACGUGGACGUUCCAGCUACGGACCCACCAGCGCAUUCACACGGGAGAAAAACCCUUCUCCUGCUCCGACUGCGGCAAGAGCUUCACCUUGAUGGCUCUGCUCCGCAGACACCAGAAGCACCACACAGGCGACAAGCCCUACUCCUGCUCAGAGUGCGGCAAGCGGUUCAUCACCCGGGCCGAGCUCAUCGUCCACGAGAGGGUCCACCGGGGUGAGAAGCCUUUCCCGUGCCCGCAGUGCGGCAAGUGCUUCACCCAGCGCUCGCAGCUCCAGACCCACCAGCGCAUUCAUACGGACGAGAAGCCGUAUCCAUGCCCCGUGUGCGGGAGGUGUUUCGGGCGCAAGUCCCAUCUGGACAAACACAAGAGAACUCACGAUCGCUAAGAUGCGGCAUUUUUGUUGUUUUUUUUAAACUCAGAGAUUGUUUUAUUCAUGCAAUAAAUGCGUAAUAAAGUUUUAACCCAAA